AUGUACCCUUCAACAGCCUUCAUGCUCACAACUGUGGCGGAGCAUUUGACUAACCUCACUUUUGGAAAUAGCAUAUUUAACUAUCUUAAAGCUAUUAGAGACUUUUGGAACAACAAGUCUGAAAAGCCAUCCGGCAGAGUGCUCCAGGCCUGGACUGAGCUUUCCUUGCCAGCCACCCUGGGUGGGCCCAGUUGGCAGAGCCCUGUGGACUGUGCCCACGCCAGCGAGCUUUGUGCUGCUGAGGCCGGCUGCAGCUCAAGUUACCGCACUUUGCGACAGUGCCUGGCUGGCCGAGGCCACAACACCCUGCUGGGCAACAAGGAGUGUCGGGCGGCACUGGAGGUGCUGCAGGGAAGCGCUCUGCAUGGCUGCCGCUGCAGGCGCAGAAUGAAGAAGGAGCUGUCCUGUCUGCAGACCUACUGGAGCCUCCACCGGGGCUUGGCUGGGGGAGAAGAGUUUUAUGAAGCUUCGCCCUACGAGCCCAUCAGCUCUCCUCUCUCUGAUGCCUUCAGACUUGCUUCAAUUGUCUCAGGGACCGACUCCGCGGUCGCCUCCAGGAGCAACCCCUGCCUGGACGCAGCCAAGGCCUGCAACCUGAACGACAACUGCCAGAAGCUCCGCUCCGCCUACAUCUCCACCUGCAACAAACAGGUCUCGGCCACCGAGCACUGCAGCCGGCAUAAGUGCCACAAAGCCCUGCGCCAUUUUUUUGACCAGGUGCCCAGCACAUACAGCUACCGGCUGCUUUUCUGCUCCUGCAAGGACCAGGCCUGUGCAGAACGCCGCCGGCAGACCAUCGUCCCCGACUGCUCCUACCAGGAGAGAGAGACGCCCAACUGCCUGGCUCUGCGGAGCCGGUGUCGAGCGGAGCCAUUCUGCCGGUCAAGACUGGCAGAUUUCCAUGCCAACUGCCAAACCUUCACCAGCUGCUCCAGGGGCAACUACCAGGCGUGCCUGGAUGCCUACGCUGGCCUGAUAGGUUUGGACCUGACCCCCAACUAUGUGGAUGCAAGCUUCAGCAGCCCGAUGGUCUCCCUGUGGUGCUCCUGCCGAGGGAGUGGCAACAUGGAGGAGGAAUGUGAGAAAUUCCUGAAGGACUUCACCGAAAACGCUUGUCUCCGAAAUGCGAUUCAGGCCUUUGGCAAUGGCAGUGGCCUGACCUUCUUCCCCAAGGCCCUCCCACCACCACUCCCCACCCUGCCUCCCUCAGCAGGAAGGGCUCCGUCUUUGCCCUACAACGUAAAUGACAGCAGCCUUGGCAAUAACACGGGCGUGAGCACCACAUGCGCCUCCGCCGAGGAAAGUGGAGCAAAGAUUAACCAGUCCAAAGAUCAGAGUCUUUGCUUCUCAGAGAAAUCACUGACCACAGCUCUCAUGCCAGAGCAGAAGACUUUUGUGGACACCAGGGGAUCAGGCAGCCAACUUUCCUUCACAGGAACCGUCUCUGCUCUCCUCUUCUUCCUUGUGAAAAUGACCGUAUAGGAGGAACCUGGAAUAAGACUUGCUGGGAGACGGGGUGGAGAUGGCCGUGCAAACUCCCCUCCACCUCUAGGCCGUCCAGAACUCUCCCUCAGCCGUUGCCUUCUGGAGAGCUGCUCCCAAGGAGGCACCACAGCUCUUGCAGAGGCCUCUGUGAGACACGUCUUCAUUGUGUAAGCAUUGCCAUGAUGAGUGUGGAGGCCCUUAGUAGAGACAUCUGGCCUGGGAAUCCAGGCUCAUUUCUUUCCAAGGAUCCCAAACAUGGGCUGAAGUCCCACCAGUUUACCACCAGUGCUUAAAAGGGAUCCAAGGAAUUAGCUAGACAAUUCAGAGGAGCUGGAGGGCUUGCCUCACACUGCCCGGCUUUUGCUCUGCAGGAUGAAGGCAGCCAUUCCCCAUCCCCAAGUCACCACCCAAAUCAUUUUUGCUGCUUGAAAAUGUUCUAAAACAGGUUUGAUUUCCGUUAAACUCAGAGGAUUCUCAGAAGCGUCUGAACUUCAUCUUAGGAGAGUGGAAAGUGAGUGAAAUGCUUACAAAGCUGGUAGCCUCCCUUAGGCAGAAGCCUUGAAGGGGUUGGACUGGCUGGCUGGAGUGCGUACAGAGCUGUGCCUCAUGGAACAAGGAAUACGACCACAGGUCCGGUGGAGUUUCUUGUUCUGCUGAUUCUUCUGAUUCUCCUGUCCAUCUCUUCAUCCUUCGUCCUGCCGUCUCGGGUGGAAGCAUCCAGAUAGGCCAGCAUUAAUCCCACCAGACAUAUAUAUUGAUGUUUUCUCCUGCUUCCUUUCAUGUUGUUUUUUCAAGUCUAAAAAUAAGAACAAAAGAUGAAAUAUGAAUAUUAUAAAGUUUAGUUUUCUAAAGCAUAACUACAGCAGGGAGCCCUGAGCAGCCCUGUGGCCAGUGCAGGAUUGGUUG